AUAUAUAAAUAGCUCGAAACUCUGAUCUGCCACCUCUCUCUUCUCUCUCUCUCUAGAGAAACUCUAAUUAGUAUAGCUAGAUUUAAAAGAAAGAAAUGGGAAACUGUUGUAGAAGUGAACACAGGUCGAUGGUAUGGGCUGGUGAUGACUGGGGAUCUCUCAUGUCGAAGAAGGAAGAAGAAACUGAAAACACAUGCAACAUGAAAAAACAGAUCAGACUACUUGGUGAUCAAAAUGGAGCCUUUGGGCCGCCGUCUCCAGCUUCUUCUACCCGCUGCAUUACUACUAGUACUAGUAGUAACACUGCUCAUGUUACCUGCAGGGAAGUGAAGAUCAAGAUUACAAAGAAGGAGCUGGUGGAGUUGUUAGGAAGAUCAGUGGACGUGCAAGGGUUGUCUGCUAAACAGGCCGUCCUCGCGAGCAGCUGGUUGGUACACGCUGCUGACCGGAGAUUUAAUAACGUGCUGGCAGAGCAUCACCGGCCAUGGAGGCCGGCCCUGCAGAGUAUUCCAGAGGUUAAUUAGUUGAGAUUCUACUAUUUACAAGUCAGCCUAUAAACAACAGUACUCUAUGUUAUGGAAUUUGUAACUAAAAUCACGUAAAAAAGAAUAAUAUUAGAUACAAUUUUAAAAUUUUAAAUAAAUAAAUUUCGUACAAUUUUUUAAAUACUUUCUCAGGAUGAGAUUUAUAUUUUAAUAAAAGAAUGGUACGGAAUUUAUCUAUUUAAAAUUUGUAUAAAUAAUUGCUUAUUUUCAAUUAGAUAAUUUAAGUAGAUGGACAUGAAGAGAUUAAUUUAUAUCAUUCUGUACAUUAUGAUUAUUAUUAUGUUAUUUUAU